UAAUCAAGUUUAACGUAACUUACAGUUUAUAAUCAACUUUUCUGGAAUUGUUGAGUUGAAACUACGAUUGGUAGAAGGGAGGGAAACACCAAGUAAAUUUUUAUUUAUAACUUCACAAGGAAAACUAAACACGGUUUGCACUUGAACCUGCUGUGCAGUAAUGUUACAUACAAAACGAAAGUUAAGUAAGACUACAGACACGUCAUCCAGCAUUCCAGAGAAGACAUUAUGUCAACAAAGACAGCCAGCUAAUGGAGAAAGAGAUGAUGAAAUUUUAAAAGAUGAAACAGAAUUCUGUCAGCUAAUAACCAAAGCAGGCUAUAUUUUUAAAACUGGAGGCUCUGCUAAUCAACUUAAUGUUGAUCAAGCUGUUUUUCAAAGAGAUCUAAGAAAAAGUUUGAAAUCCCAUCAGAAUUAUCCAGAAGUCAUUGAUGAGUUUUUGGAGACUUUAAGAAACCUUUUAGAAGAUCCAGUAAGACUUAGAUGGAGCCUUAUGCCAACUCUUACAACACCAAAUUCCACAAGUGCUCGAGGAGAAAACCAAGACAGUUUAAUAAGGUUGCUUCUAGGUAUUGACCUUUUACAGGAGCUGACUGACAAGAUGCUGGAAAUGCUAGAAGUUGUCCCCACAAAUUUUCAGUGUGAUAUCAUUGCAUCCAUACCAGAUAUAAUCAAUGAUAGUGACCAUUCUGAAGUAGCAAGGAGACUCUGUGAUCUCCUUCUGGAAUCCCGAGAAUUAAGGAUUCCUAUAUUGGACACUUUAUCCAACUUAAACAUACCAUCAGAGACAGUUACAGAGACUAGGGCAACAGUAUUAAAAACCUUGCCAUCAGUUGAAAUUGAAGACUUACCAGUCGUCAUUAAGUUUGUUUUAAACAAUUUGAAACCUGAAGAUGCAUUUGAGAUCAUCAGUGAACUCCGUAACAAUUUAGAUUUUAAAGCUUCAUUUCCACCAGCAAAUUCUUCAACCCCACGAAAAAAGAAAAACAAUUUAGAUUUUAAAGCUUCAUUUCCACCAGCAAAUUCUUCAACCCCACGAAAAAGAAAAGCUUCAGAUAAGACUGACAGGGGUGCAGAAUUUCUCACCAUAGAUGCCUUUCGUUCCAUUCUUCGAUUUCAAAAAACUGUUUGUGAUAAUUGGAUAAAGGUAAUAGAAACAGUCAAGACUCCAGCAGAACACAAGCCUCUAGACCUUCUUCUCUUAAUUUUGCUUCACUCCUUAGAGUUAAGGAGAAAGCCUGUUGAGAGUUUACUGCGGAACAAAAUCAGAGCAGGAAAUUUUACUGAAGUGUUACUUCAGGUUACCUUUGGUAGCCAUUCAGAGGUUUUGGAAGAAUACUCACCAUCAGUGUUAAAUAUUGCUGAGGUGCUACUGAAAUCACUAGAACCUAUAAUAUCAUAUUUUGGAUCUACUUUGUAUCAAAAGGCAUUUGUAACUUUUAAUACAUUUUGUAAACAGGAAGUUAUUAGUAAUCUGGUUACACAUGUUGGAAGUGGGAUAACUGCAGAAGUGGAUGCUGCACUUGAUACACUUGUAGUACUUGGGGAUCAAACUACAGAAAAAAUGGCUUCUUUUGGUACUUUUAUUAAGAGUAUCCUGGACUUUUUGGACAACCUUACUCUAAGCCAAAUAAAAAAGGUAUACACAGUAUUAAGUGUACUAGCUUAUCAAGGAGGUCAAGAAGGACAUAAGUUACAAGAUGAUAUUUCAAUUAUGAUAAGAAAACAGCUUACCAACACAAACCCAAAGUAUCAGAGAAUGGGGGUUAUAGGAGCUCUGAUGGCUUCUAAAUCCAUGGCAGCUGCUGGCACCAGCACUCUUACUCAUUCUGCAUCAACCUCAAGUCAAGAAGCCGUAACUACAGAAACACAACAAAAGAUUGUUGAGUUGUUGGAAAUGGUUCGCAGUAGCACAGCAAGGACACCUGAAGCUAUUGUUUUAUUUUAUGAUGAAUUAUCGAAGGUGGUAUUAAAAGGAGAAUUAGAAAGUAAUGUGGAGUCUUGGAUCAAUGAAACCAUCAUAAAUGAUUUUCAAGAAGAUUUCAUAGUAGACAUUGAACCAGCUAGUAGCUCAAACCUGAUGGCUGUGGAGUUGAAACAUGGAUUAGAUAAUCUGUCUGGUGAUGAUGGUGGUAUUGCUCUGAACCUCACUCCUUUGUUGCAUAAAGAAGAAAAUAUGACGACAGGAAGAGGAAGCUUUUUUAGUAGCAAAGAAAGAGUGGUAUCAACCAUAACCUUGGCAUCAAUCUUUCGUCUCUUAAGAAUUUGUGAACAGUCCCAGCAUGGUAGUACUCUUGAAGGAAUUGAUGCCUUACUAGGAUGUCCUGUGUAUUUACCUCAGUCUUCUGCAUUAGCCAAGUUUUCUACUUUAUCUAAUGCUGAAAAACAGCUCAUUUGCACUUCGUACUUUCAUUGUCUCAACUGGUUUCGUGAGAUUCUGAAUGGAUUUGCUAUGGUGGGAAGCGCUGAGAUAAAAGAAAAGGUUGUUCUUCGUUUAAGAGACAUUGUUGAGAUGCAGAAGAUCUUACAACAACUUUUAGGAGAUUUUCCAGUCUACAAACCUCCAAUGAUUAACUUUGACCAUGACAACCUUGAGGUACAGAUCCCGAUACCUUUUGCAGGAUCCUCCAACAAAACAGGAGGUAAAAGAGGCAAAAAACCUGCAGCAAAAAAUGUGCUUCUCCUGUUUCAGACUGGAGACAAAACCAGUGAAAAAGUGGUGGACUUAUCAGCAUACAGAGUAUUUUUCAGGGAACUGGAUUUGGAUGUUUUUGUUCUUCUCCAAAAUGGACUUAGUUUGAAAAUUAGCCCUGAAAUAUCAAAUAAUGAUGAGAAUGAUAGUAAUUUGAAACUUGGGCCAUCAGAAAUUCAGUUUUUGCUUGAUGACCUAACAAGGAAACUUGAUCAUUCUCUUUUGACCUCACAGUGGAACAGGAAAACUGCAUUUAAGAGUCGUAUUGACAAAAAAUUAGGUUUCUCAAAUCUGGAUCUGUAUACACCACUUGAGAUUACAACUCGAAUGGUGGAGCUUCUCCCAGUCUUAUGUCAAAUAUUGGAAGAUACUAGUGCAUUUUUCCAAGCUAUAAUAGCAGAGAAUGAUGGUGUUUUAGAUGGUCAUACUAUGUUUUCGGGAGAUGCUGUCCUCUUAGCUUCAUGUAUGGAACUUCUUCUGCAUUCAUUGAACAGAAUUUUAUCUUGGAAUGGAUUUCUUAAAGGAGAAAACAGACAGUUACACAAACAAACUCUUCAGGUGUUAGCUACACGAAUAGGAACACUAGAAGGUUCACAAACAGGAACAAAGGAGUUACUACGGCAUGCAUUCCAUUACUUGGUGAAAUUCUCUGAAUCCUUGCCUACUUUCUCAAGUUCUGUUAUGCUGACUAGACUCUUGGAAACAUUGUUACUUCAAGUAGAAGACAAAGAGCUCCGGGAAGAGUUAGUGAAGGUAGCAGACAGUUUCCUGAAACGUGAUUGGUUAGGUUCUGAUGGUUUGAAAGAGAAGGGAGCUAAACAUAAUCAAAAUAUAGAAACCCUUCUAAGAAUCCAAUUUAUGAAUGUUGAAGAUGCUUUAAAACAUCUAGAAACAUUUAGUACAAUCGCCCUUGAGGAUCUUGUUGCUGAAGCAGGAAAAAAAAAUGUUUGUUCUUCUGUGUAUCCAACUUUGAACAGAUCUACAUACAGCACUUUCUACAAAAGUUUUUUUCACUAUCUGGUAGAUGUAGUAAAGUCGUCAGCUUGCCAAGCAGGAGAAAACAGAGAGGCUCAUCAGAAAUGUUUACAAAACUGGUUGCAAGUUGUGAAAGUAUUCAAGCUUCUUGUAGAUCAAAUUAAGAUAUUUGGUGGAAGACCAGUUUUGGCAUCCUCCAUGAAGUAUGGUAGACAGCUCGUAGAAAGCUUCAAAGGACAAGCAGUACCCCUGCUCAACCGUCUUUUCCGUACUCAUAAAGAGGAUGUUCUUAAUCUGCUCAAAAACUUACAGGCAAGCACCCGAUAUCUGCAACAUGUGUGCAAUUAUGUCAAGGGUUCGAAGGAUGCAGGACUGACAAGACUUGUUCCUCCUCUCAGGAAAAGCCUUGAGUCUAUUAUUUAUCUCAUUAUGGCUAUGAUGGCUGAGAAUAAGUGUAAAGGUGCUUUCUGGAUAGGAAACUUGAAGAAUCGUGACUUACAGGGUAAUGAGAUUCUUUCGCAGUCAACACAGAAUAGUGUUAGUGUAGCAUCCAACGAAAACCAAUCAGAAGAGAGUGAUGUUAUUCCUGAUGACGACCAAAGUGAUGUGGAACUUGAGGAAGAAACACAUACUGGAAGUCCUGCUUUAUCAGAGAAACAAACAAAAGAGGGUUUAGCUGAUGAAGAUCAAGAGUAUGAAAGUGAGGACUUCUAGAGCUCGUGGUGAUCAGGGGUUUACAAGAGUUACUUAUUGGGGUGAAAAACAACACCUAUAUUUAGGGUAACUGAAAUCUUUAUUUAAAAAAAAGCAUCUAACGAACCAUAUAGUGGAUAAGAAUAUUGUUUGCAUAGCAUCCUAAUGAAAAUUACAAAAAUGAAGAUAUUUAAUAAAGUAUGUGUUUUAGAACAGAACACAACUACUGUACGGUACAAAAAUGGACAUACGUCACCACCUAUCAGUAGUGACCAAGUUGGACUUUGUUGGCCUCAUCUGAAAAAUAAGAUCUCUUAGUAGAGGGAAAAGAAGAAACACAUCUUAUUUGAUACAAAUCAUUUUAGCAGCAUCAUAAAAGAUUGGAAACAAAUAUAAUAAAAUAUCAAGAUUGUUGAUGAAAGUUAUUUAAAGGUUCUAUGUUUUUAUCAAAAUAUAAUUUUUUUUAAUUACAGAUGAUACAAUAUAUCAUUACUGAUCUUAGAUCUUUUGAAAAUUAAAGAUUUUUCAAAUGCAAUCAAUGCCUUGAUAAUGAAAAAUCAGUAUUAUAUUUCGUAGUGGUUUACUAGAGUCAGAGACCAACAGUAUGUGUAUCUUAACAUUUUUGGUGGCUAUAAGUCAGGUUAAGGAGCUUUUACAUAUACACUGAUUGAAGUUUUUGUAAGCAGACCAAAUAUUAUUUUCAAUUCAUUUGUUGUAACAUAGGUGGUAAUGGUGAAAACAAAAGACAAAAAUGCACAAUUGCAUGUAAGAUUCAAUGGAAAUUUCUGUAAAUAAAUUAGGAGACAAUAAAGCAUAAACCUGAAAGCUAAGCAAAUAUGAAAUUAAUAUAGAAUAAGUAAGUACAUCAAAUAAACACUUCCAAUAGGAAUGAGCAAAACAAAAGUAAAAACUACUUUUUAACUGUUGGCUUUUACACAUCUUUGAAGACAGCUGAUAGCUAAGACUCCUUUGUUUUGCCUUGUAAUGGUAGUUUUCCUUUUUGAGUUUGUAUUAGUUUUAUGUCUCAUUAUUAAAUGUUUAUAUUGCAGUGAAAAGCCACUUCAAGGUUUAUAUUUUUUAAUUCCACACAUACUACUCGAUACUUAUUAUAAGUAGAUAUUUUUUUAUGAAAGCAAUAUUAAUUUCAAAUGGUUGCUGGUAUUAUUACUGUCAAAUUAGUUUUUCAGUUCUAUACAGAAUAUUUGUGGGAAAAAGUUUAUGAAGUUUUGAUUUUUCCUCUAAAGAGAUGUAAGUAAAAAAUAAUAUAUAUAUAUAAAUUUCACAAAACAACUUAUAAUCCAGUUUCAGUUCACUUAAUUAUUUCAUUAAAUUUCUCCUCAGAAUUUUAAUUUUU